AUAUGAACUUGAAAGAUGUAAGUACUGGUGACUGGCGAGUACACGAGUCGCGUGAUUUUAAGUAACAGCAGUGGGGCUUCUCAGCGGCAGUUGGGCUAAAAAUCCGCUGGUUAACGUCAGUUUAUUCUUGAUAUUUCUCAUAAAAUCUGACUGCAUUUUUUUAUCAGUACCGGGUUUGGGUUUUUUAAAAAUAAAUUUAAAUAUUUUUAUUGCAAUUAAAUUAAGUGACAUUUAUAUUAGACUGUAGUAAAUAAUUUUAAAUAUUCCCGGUAAUGGAAUAAUUUAAAUUUCACGGUCAACUUAAAACUUGUCAGGUUUCACUUGAUCCAGUUUAAAUCUUGCCAAGAUCUCGUACAUAAACUCUGCAGUAAAAACUAAAUAUGUACUGAGUUUAAUUAUAUAUAAAUGUACGUCUUUUAAAUUAAAUAUAAUAAGCGCGGCAGCGGGGUUGGAAGUAAAUUACUUAUAUACUUUUUUUUUUUUAUUUAUAUUACGCUCUUAUUGUGGAGUAAUAAUUUUUUAAGUGCGCGUGCGUUUGAAUAUUCGAAAGGCUUACGAUUUAAAGUCACCACGCACUCUCACGAGUCUUAGCUCUAACUCUGGUAUUGUCUGGUAUCAUCAGUUAUCAUCACCAAGACUAAAACUAGUACUGGUUACUAGUUACCAGUGAUCAUUGCAAGUGUCAUCACUUAAUUGAUAAUAAUAAAUAACGCAGUAUUUAAUUCAUAUUUUGAAUUAUGAAUAAUUUUAAAUAUUGCGAUUGACCAAACGAGACUUGGUCUUGUCUCUGAAUAUUUGAGGGUUAGAAAAAAAAAUAGUAAAUUUUAUUUUAUAUAUCUGUGAUCUAUUGAUCUUUGUUAAUUAUUAAAGGAGUUUAUUAAAGUAUCUGUGUGAUAGUUUAAUUAGUGAUAGUUUAUUUUUGAAUUUAAAGUGACAGUUUUUAAAAAAAUCACCAAUGAGCAAGAUGACUGAUCGUAAAAUUGAGGGGCAUUAUACACCACCGACGUCAGAUACUAUUCAAACAAAACCUUUUCCUAUUAGAGGUGAACGAGCUAAUUUCGUAAACAAACCUCAUGUAAUAGCAAUGGUCGGCUUGCCAGCACGUGGGAAGACAUAUAUAUCAAAAAAAUUAUGUAGAUAUUUAAACUGGAUUGGUAUAAAUACCAAGGUCUUUAAUUUAGGCGAAUAUCGGCGACAUGCUACGACAGCAUAUAAAUGCCAUGAAUUUUUUCGUCCUGAUAAUAUAAAAGCUAUGGCUAUAAGAACCCAGUGUGCUGUUGAUGCUCUCAAUGACGUUUGCCAAUGGCUGGAGAGUGGCGAUGGCGAAGUUGCGGUUUUUGAUGCUACCAAUUCGACAACUGAGAGGAGACAAAUGAUCCAUAAUAUUGUCGUAGAAAAAAUGGGUUUUAAAUUAUUUUUUGUUGAGUCUAUUUGUGAUGACCCGGAAAUCGUUGAACAAAAUAUCAUGGAGGUAAAGGUAAGCAGUCCAGAUUAUGCAAAUAUGAACAAAGAAGAAGUGCUAGCAGACUUUAUGCUGAGAAUAGAACAUUAUCAGGAGAAAUACAAUCCACUUGAUGAAAGUAAAGAGAGUAAUUUGUCGUUUAUGAAAAUAUACAAUACCGGUGAAAAGGUAUUGGUAUUUAAACAUGAGGGUCAUAUACAAAGUAGAAUAGUUUAUUAUUUGAUGAACAUACACAUUAUACCACGUACUAUUUAUUUGACGAGGCACGGCGAGAGUAUGUUGAACUUGGACGGGAGAAUAGGAGGUGACCCUGAUCUCAGUGAUCGUGGACGACAAUACGCAAAAGCACUUGCCGAAUUUAUUGAUGAACAGGACAUACAGGGUUUACGUGUAUGGACCAGCUGGUUGCAAAGAACAAUUCAAACUGCUGCUGACGUUAAUGCUCCCCAAGAAAGGUGGAAAGCUUUAAAUGAAAUUGAUGCUGGAAUAUGUGAAGAAAUGACUUAUGAAGAAAUAUCCAGUAAAUAUCCAACAGACUUUGCCGCACGGGACCAAAAUAAAUUUUCAUACCGUUAUCCAAGAGGCGAGAGUUAUGAAGACUUAGUAGCGCGGCUCGAGCCAGUGAUAAUGGAACUCGAAAGACAAGGAAAUGUUUUAGUUGUUACUCAUCAAGCUGUACUGCGUUGCUUGCUUGCUUAUUUUCUUGACAAGAACGCUGAUGAGUUACCAUACUUACAAGUACCUUUGCAUACAAUAUUAAAACUAACGCCAGUUGCGUAUGGUUGUAAGGUAGAACGGAUUCGGUUACCAAUAGAUGCAGUGGAUACCCACCGGGCAAAACCAAAGAUCCCGGGAUAUUUGGAGGAACGAUUCAGAUGCAAAGGAAAAAAUCAACACACCUGAUAGCUAUCGUAAUUCAUUAAAUAAAUUCAAUCAAUAUCAUUACUAAUUAUUAUUACCGAUUUUAAUUCAUAUUAUGACUUUAUUUUAAUUAACGUUUUUUUUUAUUUUGUAUCCCGAAUGUUUACCGGAUUUUAUUUAAAAUUAGCGGCAUUUUUGAGGCAGCGGGCUGCCUGAGCUUCAUGUAGUGCCAAAUUAUUUUAUAUUUAAUAAUAAUAAUUAUAAUUAUAUGAUUAAUUACUUGACAGUUUAAGUAUACGAGUAGUUGAGAUCCUAGUGGUUUAUAUUAAUAUUUUAUUUAAAUAUAUACGCGGGCAUUUAAUCGUUUUGUUUUUGCUGUUAAUGAUGAUGUGAUAAAAAUGCUCAAAGCAGUGUGUGAAUAUUUAAGGGAUUCUCAGUCACCCCCCCCCCCACUUUUUAACAAAUUUCAAUGAUUCAACUGUCAGUGUAUCAAAAUUUUGUCAACUAAUUUAAAAAAAUAAGACAAUAUCGCUGAGAUAUAGAUUUUUAAAAGUUGAUGUCAAUUGGGAGUCAAACGAAAUUUGGAAAAUAAAUUUCAGUAAAAUCUUCAUGUCUAUUUUGUAAUUAGAACUUUUUAAUUUUUUAGACGAAAAUUUAUUUAGCAAAUUUCGUUUGACUUCUUAUUGAUAACGACCCCAAGUAGCACACUUGGCUUUUUGACGUCUAUAAGAUAGCGAUUGUGAGGUUGUUUUGUUAGUUAUCGAUAAAACACCAACAUGUUGACAAAAUGAUCAGAAAUUUAUGUCACCGAAAAAAUAUCUACCCAAAAGACUCGACACAAGUGACGACGAAAAGUAGAUUACAAAUAGGGGUAAAAUAAGUCAUUUAAAUGACUUUUUAAUUGACAUGACAGGAAAAACAACACAAAUUUUCUCUGUUUCCGGAAGCAACAUUUCCAUGUCUUAUUUGUACCAAAAAAGGUGACUGAGACAAUAAAAAAAUUUUCUUAUCCUUUUAAAAGACAUCUGUGUCUGUGUGUUGCUCGGGAACUGUAAGAAAUUAAAAAAUUAAAAAAAAAAAAAUUCUAUAUUUCGGCGAAAUUUUUUUAAUUGAUUGAUAGAAUUUUGAUACGCUCAUGACUAGGGCCAGGAUUUUUGCGUUAGUUUAAAAAUAAUUAAUAAUUAGUGGUGUGAAAUUUUUAAUUACGGGGAAAACAUUAAAAAAUUUUUCAAACAAAAGUUGUAGGAAAUUUAAUUUUAUAAAAAAAAUGUCUCUUAUAAUUUUUUCUUAGGACUAAUAAGAAAGCCGUAAUUUCAAAAUUAAGAUUUUCAUAAUUAACAAAAUUUUGAAUCAUUCAUUAUGAAUCUUAAUUUUUGAACUUCGGUGAAAAUAUUGAUCGUAUAAAAAAAUCAUAAGAGACAUUAUUUUUAGAAAAUUAAAUUUCCUACAACUUUUGUUCGAAAACUUUUUUAAUAAGACCAAUAUUUUCGCUGUAAUAUCAAAAAUUUCAACUACUCAUUUAAAAAAUAAGGCAAUAAUCUUGUCCCUACUUAUGACAGUUGAGUCAUUGAAAAUUAAAAAAAAGGGGGGGGGGGCUGAGAAUGCCCUUAAUUGGUAAUUACAUUAGUAUAAAUAAAUUUUUUUCUCUCUUGAUUAUCUAAAAUCAAUGUGUUCUCUAUCGAUGAAUUUAUUUUUACUAACAGUUUUAAAUGCGCAGCUAAUACUUCCUUCUUAUUAAAAUAAUUAUAAAAAAUAGAGUCUGAAAGUUUUAAAUCGUUUUAAAAAAACUUUAAACUUAAAGUUGGUGUUCUUUAAACAAAUAAAUUAAAAUCUGUCAUGAAAAUCCAUAAUGACAAAAAAUCUAAACCAAUAUUUACAAUUACACUUAUUAAAAGUAUAAAUAAAUAAUAUGUAAAUUUUUAUCAAUACAUUUUAUCUUAUAUUACAUAUACAUAUUAUAUUAUUAUUAAAUAUUUUUUCUCUU